AUGCUACUAAGGUCGAAAAUCUUGUCAAAACAUCGAUAUCUUCCAAAUGUGGAUUUAUCGGUCGAGCAAUCCCAGGUGUAUGUAGCUUCCCAAAAGGACAUGAAAGAAGCUGACAAAAUCGAAGAGUUGCCUGGACAACCACCGGUCAACUUUAGCCAGUAUUCGGGUUAUGUUACUGUUGACCCAGAAGCUGAAAGAGCUUUGUUUUAUUAUUUUACGGAGUCGGAGGACCCGGAAAAUAGACCUUUAGUGUUGUGGCUAAAUGGAGGCCCCGGAUGCUCUUCACUUGGAGCGGGAGCAAUGUCAGAACUUGGACCAUUUCGGGUCAACCCGGAUCGAAAUACUCUACGGUAUAACGAAUAUGCAUGGAACAAAGUUGCAAAUGUUUUGUUCUUGGAGUCACCUGCUGGAGUUGGGUUUUCGUACUCAAAUAGAUCGUCCGAUUAUGUUACGGGUGAUGCAAAGACAGCGAGAGAUACUUACGCCUUCUUAGUUAACUGGCUCGAAAGGUUUUCUGAAUACAAAAAUCGAACGUUAUACUUAGCAGGAGAAAGUUAUGCUGGUCAUUAUGUGCCUCAGCUUGCUAGUUUAAUAUUGAAUCAUAACAAGAUCAAGAAGCCUACCAUCCUUGACUUGAAAGGAAUUAUCGUAAGUUCUUGA